AUGAGUGACGACGGCCAGGAUAAGGUAAUACAAGACACGCGUAUUCAACUCCGAAAGGCUGCCACAGAACUAUCACGAUGGAAGCUAUAUGGUGCCUCGAAGUGGGCAGCAGAGGCGCUAGUGGGACUUAUUGAACCCAUUGAUGCUGACCAAUCGCAGUCCUUGAUUGAUGAAUCUCCGCUGAGAAAUAAACAAGGCGUACCGAAACAAAUAUUUGAAAUACCACAAAAUGGGUUUGGGCUGUCAGAGUCUGAGUACGACCUAUAUCUCCUCGGAUCCACAUUAUUUGAUGCCAAGGAGUUUGAUCGAUGCGUUUUUUUCUUGAAAGAUGUUACCAAUCCAUGUUUAAAGUUUUUGAAACUAUACAGUAAAUUUCUAUCAUGGGACAAGAAAAGUCAGGAAAGUAUGGAAAAUGUUUUGACUACGGGAAAGUUUACUGACGGAAUAUACAGGGCUGACAAAGAUGGAGACGGUAGUGGAAAUGAGGAUAUAAGCCAAGGUGGCCCGCAACGCACCAAUUUGAGGAUGGUUUCCAAUGAGCAUGAGGCGCAAUCGAAUAUAUCGUCUAUUUUGAAGGAAAUCAAUGCUUUUCUAGAAUCUCAUGAAGUCAAAAUAAACGACGAUGAGGCUGGCUUGGGACUGGCACUGCUAUAUUAUUUACGAGGAAUCAUCUUGAAGCAGGAAAAAAACAUAUCCAAAGCCAUGUCAUCAUUCUUGAAAUCGCUCAGUUGUUAUUCCUUCAACUGGUCCUGCUGGUUAGAACUGAUGGACUGUUUGCAAAAAGUCGACGAUGCAUUGCUCUUAAAUAAUUAUCUAUAUCAAAAUUUCCAAUUCAAACCCUCUGAAAAUCUUGGUAGUCAGCGAAUGAUAGAGUUCAAUAUAAUGAUUAAGUUUUUCAAACUAAAAGUAUUUGAAGAACUUAAUGGCCAGCUGGAAGAUUACUUUGAAGAUUUAGAAUUUUUACUGCAAAUUUUCCCCAACUUCACCUUUUUGAAGGCGUACAAUGCCACCAUAAGCUAUAACAAUCUAGAUUAUGUCACUGCGGAAAGCCGGUUCGAUGACAUUGUUAAGCAGGAUCCCUACCGUGUCAACGAUUUGGAAACGUAUUCGAAUAUUCUGUAUGUCAUGCAGAAGAAUUCAAAACUAGCCUACUUGGCUCAGUUCGUCUCUCAAAUAGAUAGGUUUAGGCCAGAAACAUGUUGUAUCAUAGCCAAUUACUACAGCGCUCGACAGGAACACGAAAAAUCUAUCAUGUAUUUUCGUCGAGCGCUAACAUUAGACAAGAAAACUACGAAUGCAUGGACGUUGAUGGGCCACGAAUUUGUUGAGCUAAGCAACUCGCAUGCUGCAAUCGAAUGCUACCGUCGGGCUGUGGAUAUUUGUCCUCGAGAUUUCAAAGCAUGGUUCGGAUUGGGCCAGGCUUACGCCCUCUUGGACAUGCACCUAUAUUCCCUUUACUACUUCCAAAAAGCAUGUACGCUGAAACCUUGGGAUCGUCGAAUCUGGCAAGUACUGGGAGAAUGCUAUAAUAAAACAGGAAAUAAACUGGAAGCUAUAAAAUGCUACAAGAGAUCUAUAAAGGCCUCGCAAACGGUCGAUCAAAACACCUCAAUAUAUUACCGGUUAGCACAACUAUACGAAGAACUUGAAGAUUUGCAGGAGUGUAAGAAAUUUAUGACAAAGUGUGUAGAUGUGGAAGAACUUUUGGAAGGCGUGGUAACUGAUGAAACUGUUAAGGCACGACUCUGGCUGACUGUCUUCGAGAUCAAGGCCGGCAACUAUCAAUUGGCCUAUGAUUAUGCAAUGGGGGUAUCUAGUGGAACGUCUCAAGAGAUCGAGGAGGCUCGUAUGCUUGCUCGAGAGUGCAGAAGACACAUGUAA